AAUGGCUGCUCAGACCUACAUCGCCAUCUCUGAGCUGCAUCCCAACUUCUCUCAUCCGAAAGUGGCAGGCAUCGUCAUUGGGAAAUCUGAUGUCAGAAGCUUUCCUGACAGAAAAAAUAUAGGUGUGGACAGAUACACUUUCAGCUUCACCAUUAAGGACUCACCUGACUUCGUCAUCAAUGUGACAGCCUGGGGAAACGAUGGGUACAUCAUCGGGCUCUCCAACAGCUUCAGCACAGGAGACUGUAUCAUCAUUGACAAUCCUUUAGUCACCAGCAAAGACCCAGAGAAAGGGGACAAAUUCUGUCCCACAACACCAAGCCUCUAUAGGCUGCUGGUGACGGAGGCUCAUUCCCAGGUGUCUCUGUGUGCUGAUAUGGAUACUAUCGACAGGAUGCUGCCACUGAUCCACCUGCCAGUGAAGGACUCCAGAGAUUUCUACUCUCUGGGAGACAUUGUGGCCAACGGGCAGAAGCUGGACGGCAUGGUCAUAAAUAUACUGGCUGCAGUGAAAUCGAUUGGAGAGCUGAAGCAGUUCACCACUUCAGACAGACGCAAAGGGCAGAGGCUGGAAGUGAAGCUCUUUGAUGACUCUGUCUCUUCCUUCCCUCUUGUCUGCUGGGACAGAGAAGCCAUUCAGCUCGUGCAAACUUUGAUACCCAAGGAGACGGUGCUCUUCAUAGCUGACGCAAAGAUUAGCUUUGACAGCUUUCGCAACAGCAUGACAGCAACCGUUAACUCGAAAACCAUUAUCACUGUCAAUCCCGACACCAGAGAGGCCAGUCUGCUCUACAGCUACGCUAAAGAGGCAUCUGAGUCUGGUGUUCUGGAUCAAGAUGAGAAGCCAGAAGACAUCCCUGGGCUCCUGCAGACCCUUAAAAAGUCUUAG